AUGCAGGGCGUGUGUUUGUCGCAGACCGUGUCCGUAGCCGUGUCCGUGCUCACGCUCACCUUCAUCUCCAUCGAGCGCUGGUACGCCAUCUGCUUCCCGCUGCAGUUCCGCUCCACCAUCAGCCGCGCCAAGCGCGCCAUCGCGCUUAUCUGGGUAGUAGCGCUGCUCUUCGAUGUCCCCGAGCUGGUGGUGUUGCACACGGAGCAAAAGGAGCUGGGCGUGGACUCGGUGCUGCUCACGCAAUGCAUCUCGUCCUGGAACAGGCAGGCUGACAUGAUCUACCACUGCAUCAAGAGCGCCGUCCUGUACUUCGUGCCGCUCGGGUUCAUGCUCAUCGCCUACCUCCAGAUCGCGAGAGUGCUCUGGGACGAGGAGCAUUUCCCCGUGCACCAGCCCGUUACAUCCUACGGCUGCGGGCGGGGCCGGGGGGCUGCGGGGGCUGCGGGGACCCGCGGGCGAUCGCGGGGCGGCUGGCACGUGGCGGGGACGCGCGCGGGCCGGCGCACCUGGGCGGCCGAGGGGCAGGUGCGCUCGCGCAGGAAGGCCGCCAAGAUGCUCGUCGCCGUGGUGGCGCUGUUCGCCGUCUGCUACCUCCCCGUGCACCUGCUCAGCAUCCUCAGGCUCACGGUGGACAUCCCGCACUCCGAGGCGACCGUGGCCUGCUCGCUAGUGUCGCACUGGCUGUGCUACGCCAACAGCGCGCUCAACCCCCUCAUCUACAACUUCAUGAGCGAGAAGUUCCGGAAGGAGUUCCGCCGCACGUUCGGCUGUCGCUGGUGGCGGCGAAACGUCUCUCGGAAGUGGAGCCGUCGGCGAAGCUCUGCCCGCAGCGGACACGCCGGCACGGGCGUGACGCCCUUCACGCCCGGCACGCCGCACGCCACCAGGACCGUCAUCGUGCAGUUGGGGAGGAACUCACAGGUGGAGCUGAUGCCCUUGGCACCCAACAACCACCAAGCCGUCUGCGACCUGGACUGCUCGCGGUGCUAGACAAAUCGGAUCGGACCAUGCGAGCUGGACUUGCACUUAAUAAACAUUUUAUAUGUCAAAAAAAAAUUGGUCAGCACGAGGGGGCAGUAACUCCCUUUGAUGUGUACACAUGAUUCCCGAAAUACUUGAUUCGCAGUGAUUCCCGUCCACUUAUAUUCAUUCCUUAGGUUUUCUAGUGGUAGAAAACGCCUUUUUUUGACUAACUUGUAUCAGUUUCAUUAGUGUCCCACUUAGUUUAACCGAUUUCUGUUGAUUUCCAUUAAUUUUUAUCCUGAUGAUUCCCAGGCAGAUGUACACAUAAUUCCCGGAGUUAUUGGUCCCUCGGUUCAGCAGGAAUGCAUAUCUCUAUAAAACGUUUAAUUUCCUAAUCUUCUUUUUAAAAAAGAUGACAAAAAAGUACGCAGAAGAGAAAUUCGACGAGUCCUAACAACAAUGUUCUAUCUGCAGAGUGCGGAAUACACAAUGUUCUACCUGCAGCGUGCGGAAUACACAAUGUUCUAUCUGCAGAGUGCUGAAUAAACAAUGUUCUAUCUGCAAAACGCGGGUUUCGGGACACCUCCAAAGAAAUGCUUAUUACUCCGUAACCGCUCGUUCUACUUCACUUUUUGCAGUCAAUAAUUAAACAUUAGACCUUUACGAUUCUUUCCGUGUGCGCAGAUUGGCCUUAAUGUCUUCCAGUUACUUGCAAACCACACAAAGUUGAAGGGCUGCACCCAACCUCGUUUUGCAGAUAGAACAUUGUGUAUUCAGCACUCUGCAGAUAGAACAUUGUGUAUUCAGAACUCCGCAGAUAGAACAUUGUGUAUUCAGCACUCUGCAGAUAGAAAAUUGUUGUUGGGGCGCGUCGAAAUUUAGCUGAGCGAUUGUUUAGAACUUCGCACAAAAUUGUGCACCAUAAUGAAAUUUAUUUUGAUGGGAGAGCCUUAGAAGCAGCCUCAAUACGACGUGAAUAAAAUAUGAACUAUGUACAAAGAUAAAUGAACAGCUGGAUUUGCAAGACUGCUCACUAAUUACUGGAUAAAAUUUACUCUACAUUUUUAUUAUAUUUGAAUUGGUUCAUUUAUUUCUUCAGUAGCAGCGAUCGUUAUUGUAAAGGGGAAUUUAGGCAGAGAGACGCUUAUUACGGGCAUUACGUAGAAAAACAAUCGUUUUGUCCAAAUUGUAUAGUACUUGUUUCAAAAUUCCGUUAAAUUGAUAGACGUCUGAUACAUAUAUUAUAAUUAGGGGACGAAUAUUUUUGAAAUCUUGUCAAAUUUAUGCAUUCUAAUUGUUGCCGAUUCUCAGGCGUUAUUUUUCAUUAUACUGUCGCGAGGAGGGAAUGUGUGUGACGAUUGAAUAAAUAGUAAAUUUGUGAUAAAGUGUCAAAAACUAAUAAAUGUCUUGAUGAUUGAAUGCCUGAAAAGAUCAUGUUAGGACACAGCACCGUUAGAAAGUGGAGCCAGGCUGACGGGAGAGAGAUGGUGAUGACCAGCCUGAUAAUGAACUGUGA